AGCAAGUUUGUUCCGCAGAGCCUGUCCGUGGUUGACAUGCUAAGAUUGGGAAAGCUCAUCCCAAAUACCACAACCUCUGUUGAGAUGUUCAAUUUUGACAUGUCAGUAAUGGCGCGGACCGGAAGAUCAACUACCGUGGAGUUUUGUGUUGAAUCCCAGCCAUUUGGAACAGGUGGAUUUCGGAAGGCCUUUAAAGCGACUUCUAAUGACAGAGGGUUCCAAGGCUCUACAUGGGUGGUGAAGAGAUAUCUAGAAAAGGCCUCGGAAGAUAUCAUUGCCAUUGGGCAGACACUGGAAGAACAUACAAAGAGGGUAGUGCAAAUGCACUACCUAGCACGGAAUUUCGCAGCUAAACUGAAAGAAGAGCUUAUAGUAAGUGAUAAUGAAAUCCUUUUUGGGGAGACCAUGAGUUACAAGAAGAUAUACAUGGGAACAAUUGACGGGGAAUAUGUAACGGUGGAAGAGUUUAUAGACGGGACAUUCCACAAAUAUAUCAACAACAAUGGGAACAUAUGCCAAGGCGAAAAUGCUGAUCCCUUGAUCAAGAAGGCAGAGUGUCUAGCUCACUUCUCUUAUGAACGGUCACAGAAAGAGGUCAUGUUGCUGGAUAUACAAGGCUGUGGAAGUUGCCUUUUUGACCGAGAGAUUGCCAACAAGCAGCUAGAUCCCAAGAACAUGCUGUUUUGUACAGGUAAUCUUUCCCAAAAUGCCAUACAGAACUUCACUGCAAGCCAUAAGUGCAAUGACUACUGCAAUCUGUUGAGAUUAACUCCAUUUGAGUGA